AUGGCGGGCUACGACGACAAUGAAACCAACCUAGUGGAGGACGAGUACGACGACCUUGAUGAUUUCAUCGUCGGAAGCGACGAUGAGGGCGACAAUGUGGCCAUGGAGGACGAGGAGGAGCUGCCGGAGGCUGAGGAGGUAGAAGUGGAAGAAGAGUAUGAGGAGGAAGAGGAAGAAGAGCUGCCUGCUGGCACGCAGGAAAUCCUUUCCUUCAGGGAGCAAUUGAAGGCCAAAUUAAGGAAACAACAUCAGUCUAAAGGCGCCGACUACGGGAACCCUAGCUGCUCGUCGUCCGAUCAACCGUCGGUCAGGUCCAGAUUUGGAACCUUCUUUGGGCCGUCCACGCCAGUACUUGCUCCCCGGCUUAUGGAGGCGGGGUGCUCAUCGAUAAUGCAGGAGAACCAGAACCUGCCGUCCAGAAAACAUGCCGCUCCGUCGUCGGCUUCGAAGACACAGCCAAAUGCGAGCGCCCAUGAGCAGAAACCCAAGAUCGUACCUCAGGUGAAACGUAAGGUUGACACGCUUCGUGAGAACAGGGACUACUCGAACUUGUUCUCGGACGAUGCCGAUACACCUCCCCCAACAGAGGAACGUGCAGAAAAUAAGCCUGUCAUGGCCCCAAAAUCUCACGUCGAAGCUCAUCGGAUGAAACCAAUGCAAUCUGCCGCGACAAACAAGAAGGUGCCCACAAACCAUCCUGCCAGACCAUCAAAAGACCAUGGAUCCAUCCAGAGCCGCGUGCAAAACAAGGUGGUCUCUCAGGUGAAGAAGGAGCCACUGCCAAACGGGAGGAAACCGAUUGCUGCUGCCAGGAACGGAUCCAGACCGCCCAACGGCACCACCAAAGCUCGUCCAGAGUUGCAGCCAUCCUCAAAUGGCCAAAACCCGCAGCGCUCGAUGCAGAGCAAGAGCCCGCAGACGUUGCCUUCUGCCCAGCGGCAGCAGCAGCGGCCACCGAAACCGCAGGGUCAGAGGCAGCAGAACUGCACCCCUCCUUCGCCGCAAGUUCGAAGGGUGAAUUCUAAUGUGCAGGGCCAGCAGCCUGCGCACAAGGGUUCUGCUCUGCCUCGGGACAGAACAAAAUUAGGGCAGAAGCAGCUGGCUCCUUCCUCCAAACCAAAGCCAUCUCCAAUAAGUGCUGUUUACAGUGAUCCUGCUAAGAAAAAGGGUGUAGUGAAGAGGAAACUCAGUGACGCUGAGAAAGUUCGUCAGAUGGUCAGAGAUGUGUUCAACUACGACCCGGGCAAGUAUGGCAAGGAUGUCGAUGAUGAUAGGGACAUGGAAGCAGGUUAUGCCAGCAUACAGAUGGAGGAGAGAAGAAGUGCAAAGAUUGCAAGAAAAGAGGAUGAAGAGGAAUAUCGCCGGAUUCAGGAAGAAGAGCAGCGCGAGCGGGCGAAGAAGAAGAAGAAGCAACUUACAGAAUCGUAG